CGUCAAGGCGGACCAAAGUGGUGCCAAGAGCCCAAGACAAGAAGGGUCGACCCAAGUCUUACUAAGAUAUACAAUCACAUGAUACCAACCGUACUCAUUAUAGUCAGUGCCUUGUAGCCUUAGGUUGACCCAACGCAUCCGGGAUAUCCGGUGUCCCAGAUCAUUCCGACAUUCCCUUGAAGACUGGGAGCUUGGGCCAUGACGACAUAGCAACACUGAGAGUCUGAGACUUCGGUCUGUUGUCAUCACCACAAUUAACGGGUCAUCCGGCUUUAAAUAACACCAACUCCUGAAAUUGGCCAGUCUGUUAUCCGAAUUGAUUCAUCCAACUUCAGUUUACAAUCCCUUACAUUCCAAUUCUAUUCGAAUUCCCUUCCACAAUGUCUUCUAAGCUUCUCCGAUCCACCCCGCUCCGAGCCGCGGUUCGCUCGACUCAGUCUCAAUCUUCUAGAGCCGGUCUCGCCGGGACGACUUUUGUUCGGACCAAAGCGACCCUGCCAGAUCUAUCAUACGACUAUGGCGCGCUCGAACCGGCAAUCUCAGGCAAGAUCAUGGAGUUGCACCACAGCAAGCAUCAUCAGACAUACGUAAACUCCCUGAACGAUGCAUCUGAGAAGAUGGAAGCCGCCAAGUCUAGCAACGAUGUUGCUAGUCAGAUCGCCUUGCAGCCAUUGAUCAACUUCCACGGUGGUGGACAUCUGAACCACACCCUCUUCUGGGAGAACCUCACUCCCAAGAACCAGGGUGGCGGCGAGCCCCCGACCGGUGCCUUGUCCACGGCUAUCAACGACAGCUAUGGCAGCUUGGAUGCUCUGAAGGAGAAGUUCAACACUGCGUUAGCAGGCAUCCAGGGAAGCGGCUGGGCAUGGUUGGUUCAAGACACCCAGACCGGAAGCGUUUCGAUCAAAACAUACGCGAACCAAGACCCUGUCGUUGGACAGUUCCGUCCCAUUCUUGGGAUUGACGCUUGGGAACAUGCAUACUACCUCCAAUACCAGAACCGAAAGGCGGAAUAUUUCAAGGCAGUAUGGGAUGUCGUCAACUGGAAGGCGGCUGAGAAGCGCUUCAAGUGAAGAUGAUCUUCGUUGCAGACGACUGGGAACGUGGUCGGUGAUGUGUUGGCUCUAGAAGCCGUAGGGCCAACCUACAAUUGUAUUAGUAAGUAGAUUAUGGCACUCAAAUCGACUCUGAGCGGUUUCUCGCGCGUAAAUUCGUCGCAAAAGUUUCGCUUUUGCCGUGCUCAUUGCCUAAUCCU